AUUUUAGUGCGACCCCUUUAAAUAUGGCCGCGCCCAUCGCUACAUGUUAGUAUUUUUUGGUUCUCCCUUUUUUGGAUAUAAAGAGAUAUAACUUAGAUUUAAUGGUUACAAAUAGACAACAUUGAUCAACUGGAAAAAAAUUGCUGAAGUAAUUUUAACUUGGAAAGAUGAUGAUCUCUAUGUCAUGUGAGGUUAAUUUUAGUGUGCGUGCCAAAACACAACCUGGAGAAUCAUUAUGCAUUGUGGGAGAUUCUGCUAUGCUAGGACAAUGGGACCCACAUAAUGCUGUAGUUAUGAGUAGGCAAACAAAGAAAUAUGUUCUGCCUGACAAAAACUAUGCUGAGUGUUUUGAGGAGUUUUCUGAAGAUGGAGACAUCUGGACAAAGACUCUAUAUUUAGAUGGUUGUGUCAGUCAUCAAUACCGUUAUUUCAUUUGUCGAAUAUCACACUCGGAUAGUGAGGAUGAUUCUGGCAGAAAUGUGCAAGUAAAAUGGUGGGAGGGGCAUAUCAAACCUCGCAAGUUUUGUCCACAAGAUGCAAUGGCAAAUGUAGGUGAAUCCAAAAAUCAAGAGCCUGAUGUUUUUGGAAAUUUUGAUGGAAUACGUUCUAUAAAUCGUGGUUGGUUAACAGAGCAGGUAGAGAUACAGUUACAGUUACAUGGUGAUGCAAUUUCUAUGUGGAAACCUAAAUACCGGCAGCAGACUUACAGUAUUAAAUGUACAACACUUGAUUAUAGAUAUAAAGAUGCAAUGGAUGAUAGAUAUGAUGAAGAAAUACUUGGAGAUUCUUUACCACAGUGUUCAAACUCUGAAAUUCUUGUCUCUGUUCUUGAAAAGGGACGAUCUAAACCCAAAUCUCAAACAAAAUAUGGAGCUAUUUAUACAUCAGGGAAAUACUUUGCAUUUCAAAUAGAGACUUAUGAUCCUGAAUCUGUGGGAUACCAGUUGGAUUUCUAUGUACAUGAUAGCCUAAUGAUGCAAUGAUGCUUGUGUCAGGCACGUAGGAUUUAGUUUUCUGCUACCUCUAGACUUAAAGAGCGCUACAGGAACUAGAAAAGUUUCCCAUCACCGGCCUUUCACAUAGACCAAUAGGACAAAUCAUUUUCAAGUAUCUGAUAGUGAAGCCUAUGAUAAGUUCCUGUUUCAAUAUGAAGCAAACAUUCCAGCGUUACUGGAAGUCUACUCGUAAACCUGUAGAUGUUGGCCAUAGAGGACUUGGUAGCUCAUAUAAAUGCAAGAAGUAAUUUUUAUUUGUUGAUAGCUAAGUCAGUAAACUCUUUUAUCGUUAUAUUAUGACCACAUUGGUUACAAACUUCAAUAAAGAUUGAAAGAAAGUUUUAAUGCAUGAGUAAAAAGUAGGAAUCAAAGAUGUAAUUUGUAGCUGUAAGUUUUGCUGUUGCCAUUGAAGUUGUAGUUGCUGCUGCCAUCCAAAAACUGUUAUGUUGAUCAUAAUUUUUCAUACACCUGAAUAUAUUUCAGCUAAAAUGUUAUUUGCCAUGUCCACUACUAAGGGAAGGAAAUCGAAGUUACUUGGCAAAAAUGUUAACCUUUAACCCUUUACCUCAUAUAAGACGU